CCCAAUAGUCAUCUCAACAGCUGGACACUGUUUUUUCUCCACAAAAAAUCCUCUGUUACGGUUAAUUCCUGUGUUUUCUUUUGGAAACCCUAGCUAGAGUACGGACACACUCUGAUCUAAUGGCGGAGGAAGAGGUUGUUGCGGCUGCGGCAUCAGCCAGCCCUGUGCCGUCCGAUCACAAGCGGAAGCUGGAGGAUUUGGAGCCCGAUGCUCCUCAGCCGUUAACAGCCGACUUGAAUGUCAGCCCGGAAUCUGACUCCGUUGAAAAAGCCGACGACUGCGAGGAGAGUGUAAUUACUGGUGGGUCCGAGGCAAAACGACCUCGUUUGGAGGACAGUAAAUCCGAUCGACAAGCUACUGAGAAUGGAUACGAAGAGGAGAAGGUGGAUAAGCCCCAGGAGGAGGGGGAUGCUGAAGAGCCAGCAGUUGAGAAUGCUGUUCAAUCAGAAGAUGCUCAAGAAUCAGUCAAAGAAGCUCCAAAAACAGAGGAGGACAGUGAACAACCUGCCGCCAAUGACCAUGAGUCAGAGGACUUUCAGUCCUCUGAUGAGAAGGAGAAACUUCAGUUGGAGAAGGACGAGGAACAAGAACCAUCUAAAGGGGAGUUUCAGGAACCCUCCACUGAGGUUUUACCACUAGAAGACAUUUCUUCCACAGAACAGGAAAGCCAACAGCCACCAUUAUCCGAGAGUCCAACUAUGUCACGCAAAAUGGAGGUCCCUAAUAACAAGGUUGGGGUUCUUAUUGGCAAAGCUGGGGAUACUAUCCGGUUCCUGCAGCUGAACUCAGGUGCAAAGAUUCAGAUCAUGAGAGAUGCUGACGCUGAUCUAUCUUCCACCACCAGGCCUGUCGAAGUAAUAGGAACCUUGGAAAGUAUAAACAAGGCUGAGAAACUGAUAAAGGAUGUUAUUGCUGAGGCUGACGCGGGGGGUUCCCCUUCCCUUGUGGCUAGGGGCUUCAGUACUGUGCAGGCUGUUGGAGCUGGAGAGCAAAUCCAAAUACAAGUCCCAAAUGAGAAGGUUGGUUUAAUCAUUGGGAAAGGCGGUGAGACUAUAAAAAACCUACAGACAAGAUCAGGGGCACGCAUUCAGUUGAUACCACAACAUCUUCCUGAAGGAGACCAAUCUAAAGAAAGGACCGUUCGUGUGACUGGUGACAUGAGGCAGAUUGAGAUGGCAAGAGAGAUGAUAAAGGAAGUCAUGAAUCAGGAAAUGGUGGAUUUUAAAAUGAAAUUUUAAUCCGGGUGCGACUGGUGUUUCCUAUAAAUGACUCCUAAGCCUGAAUUUAUUUUUUGGAGCGCAAGUCUUAGUUCUGAGUAUCUGUAACAGUGUAGAAGCAGUUUUGUUUAGGAUAAUGUAGCUAG